CACCCCAAAACCUGCGGAGCCAGAGCCCAGACACCCCAAAACCUGCGGAGCCAGAGCCCAGACACCCCAAAACCUGCAGAGCUAUAACCCAGAGACACCAAAACCCAGAGAACCAGAGCCCAGGGACCCUAAAACCCGGAGAACCAGAGCCCAGAAUUCCUGAGAGCCGCAGCCAGGACAGCAGACCCGGAACCCCAAAACCCGGAGAGAUCCCACAACCCCGGGACCCCCCAGUCCAUCUGGGGGGGCAGGACCCACAUCCAGCCCCGAGUGCAGCCAGGAGGGUCCCUCACCCCAGAACGAGCAGUGGCAUGUGGCAGGUGUGACACCCCACCUGUGCCAGGCCACCAUGGAGCCGUGCCCGGGGCAGCCCCAGGAGGCCCUGCUGACGGUCAACGAGCAGGUCAUUGUCAUGUCCAGCCAUGAGACCAUCCGGGUGCUGGAGGUGGGGGUGGAUGGGGACCCCAAAACGGCCGCGGAGGGAGCGGGGGGGUCCCCGGCACAGGGGGGCCCCCCGGGUGCGGAGGAUGCUCCCGGCAGCACCCCGAGCUCGUCCGGCGGGGAGGCGGCAGGUAAAGAAGCCAAAGCCGCCUCGCCGGUCCCGGUGCCCGCCCCGAGCCAGCCCGCCGUGACACACCUGGCCGUGCAGGCCGCCCCGCAGGUGUUGGCUCAGGAAAGCUUAGCCACAGGUGUGACAGGAGUAAUGGUUCCGGCAGGGACAGUUACUCAACCUCUUCUUAUCCCCAUCAGUAUUGCAGGUCAGGUGACAGGCCAGCAGGCGCUGGCCCUGGUGACAAUUCCCACAGCAACGCUCGCCGCGCUCCCGGGACUGACGCCGGCGGCACCCGCGGGGGCGAUUUUCAAACCGCCCGUAGCCAAUCUCACAGCCGCCGCCGUGCUCAGCCCCGCCGUCCCGGCCGUCCCGGCGGUCCCGGCGCCGCCGCCGCCCCCGGGGCAGCCCCCGCUGCUGCCCCAGCCCCCCCCGGCGCCCACCCCCACAAAGGAGCCCCCGAUCUCCGUCCAGCCCCAGAUCACCGGACUGGCCUUUAACCCCGGCAUACUCACGGCGGCUCUGGGGGCACAGCCGCAGAUUUUGGGGUCCCUCAGUGCCCCCCCCGUGAUCGCCACCCCCCUCCCCAGCAUCCAGGGGAUCCCGGGGCAGCUCCUGACCAGCGCCCAGGGCCAGGUGAUCGGGACCCUGCCGUGGGUGGUGGCGCCCCCCGCGCCCGCCCCGCCCAGCCUGCAGGUGACAGCGGUGACCCCGCAGCUGCUGCUGAACGCGCAGGGCCAGGUCAUCGCCGCGCUGGCCACCGGGACCCCCGCGCUGCCCACCGGGCCCCCCGCCCCGGGCCCCGGCAAGAAAAACGGGCCCGCAGAGCCCCCCGUCAAAAGCGAGGUCCAGCCCAUCCAGCCGGCCCCCGCCGGGGUGGGGACGAGCCCCACGGCCAAAGUGGCACCAUCGCCGGUGCCCAUCAGCUGCUCCGAGACCCCCACCGUGAGCCAACUGGUGGCCAAGCCCCCCGCCCCGCCCAGCACGGAGGAGGACGGGAUCAACCUGGAGGAAAUCCGGGAAUUCGCCAAGAACUUCAAACUGCGGCGCCUCUCGCUGGGGCUGACCCAGACCCAGGUGGGACAGGCCCUGACGGCCACCGAGGGCCCUGCCUACAGCCAGUCGGCCAUCUGCAGGUUCGAGAAGCUGGACAUCACGCCCAAGAGCGCGCAGAAGCUGAAGCCGGUGCUGGAGAAGUGGCUGCGGGAAGCGGAGCAGCGGCAGCGCGAGGGGCAGCAGCACCUGCUGGAGUUCGUGGGGGGCGAGCCGGGCAAGAAGCGCAAGCGGCGCACGUCCUUCACCCCGCAGGCCCUGGAGGCCCUCAACGCGCACUUCGAGCGCAACGCGCUGCCCACGGGCGCCGAGAUCACGCGCAUCGCGCAGGAGCUGCGCUACGAGCGCGAGGUGGUGCGCGUCUGGUUCUGCAACCGCCGCCAGACCCUCAAGAACACCAGCAAGCUCAACGUCUUCCACGUGCCAUGAUGGGCAGUGCCAGGCCUGCCACCGGCAUGCCGGGCCUGGCCCUCCAUGCCCGGGCCUGUGUCCGUCUCAGGCCUCCCCCAGUCCCAAACUGGGAGCGCUGGGAGCGCCCCCGUGUCCCCCCGGCCGCCAGCCAUCGGCACUUCGGGCACCGGUUCUGUCCUUCUGCCACCCGGUUCUGUCCCUCUGCCACCCGGUUCUGUCCCUCUGCCACCUGGUUCUGUCCUUCUGCCACACGGUUCUGUCCCUCUUCCAUCUGGUUCUGUCCUUCUGUCACCCGCUUCUGUCCUUCUGUCACCCGGUUCUGUCCCUCUGCCACCCGGUUCUGUCCCUCUGCCGCCCGGUUCUGUCUCUCUGCCACCCGGUUCUGUCCCCAUCUGGUUCUGUCCCUCUGCCACCCGGUUCUGUCCUUCUGCCGCCCGGUUCUGUCCUUCUGCCACCUGGUUCUGUCCCUCUGCCACCCGGUUCUGUCCUUCUGCCACCCAGUUCUGUCCCUCUGCCACCUGGUUCUGUCCCUCUGCCACCUGGUUCCGCCACCACACCUGUACCCGUGUCCACCAUGGUCAUACCCGUGUCCACCACACCUGUACCUGUGUCCACCACACCUGUACCAGUGUCCACCAUGCCCAUACCUGUGUCCACCAUGCCCGUACCAGUGUCCACCACACCUGUACCUGUGUCCACUGUGCCCGUACCUGUGUCCACCAUGCCCGUACCUGUGUCCACCACACCUGGACCCGUGUCCACCACUCCUGUAUCAGUGUCCACCAUGCCCGUACCUGUGUCCACCACACCUGUACCAGUGUCCACCAUGUCCAUACCUGUGUCCACCAUGCCCGUACCUGUGUCCACCAUGGUCAUACAAGUGUCCACCACACCUGGACCCGUGUCCACCAUGCCCGUACCUGUGUCCACCACACCUGUACCAGUGUCCACCACACCUGUACCAGUGUCCACCACACCUGUACCAGUGUCCACCAUGUCCGUACCUGUGUCCACUGUGCCCGUACCAGUGUCCACCACACCUGGACCCGUGUCCACCAUGGUCAUACCCGUGUCCACCACACCUGUACCUGUGUCCACCACACCUGUACCAGUGUCCACCACACCUGUACCAGUGUCCACCACACCUGUACCAGUGUCCACCAUGUCCGUACCUGUGUCCACUGUGCCCGUACCUGUGUCCAGCACCCCUGUACCCGUGUCCAACAUUCCAUGUCUUCCACACAUUCUCAACUGGGAGCACUGGGAACAUCCCAGUUCCCGGUCACGGUCCCCCAUGACCGCCUGCCAUCAACACUUCGGCGACUGAUUUUAUCCCUUUGGCCACUGGUUUUGUCCCUUUGGCCACUGGUUUUGUCCCUUUGGCCACGGAUUUUGUCCCUCUGCCCCCUGUACCUGUGCCCACCUGUGCCUGUGUGUGUCCCCCGUUCCCUCCUGUCACACACGACCCGAGCUGGUGUCACCCCUCCCCACCUGUGACACGCGUGGUGACAGACCCCCCUGAGUGUCACACACCCGCCCAAAAUCCGCGAGUUCCAUUUUUCUGGGUUUUGCUCUUUUUGCUGUGUUACUGAGGUGAUGUUACGGCUCACCGGGGGUGACCCCAAAUUUAUGUCACCCCACGCUGGUUUUGCGUGAGGGGCUUCUGGGGGUGAUCCCCCACCUUGGGGAGGUCCCGUGGGUGGAUUUUGGGGACAUCAUCCCCGGCCUUGGGGGGCGUGAACCCCAAAGCAGCGGCAGCGCCCCUUCCCCACCUCCCCCUGCCCGGAGCCCGGGGGGCUCCAGCCCCGCCGGGAGCGAUGGGAGGGGAGCUUCGGGGGGGACACGGGGCCGCGGCAGAUUGAUGCACUUGAUGUAGUGGUGUGAAAUAAACUGUAUUUUUCUUU